CAAAUGCCAAGCUUAGAUGAAAUUGAUUAUGAGAAAGCUAUUAUGAUGAUUGUGAGAAUGGUUCAAAGCCAAGUUUUUUGUGCGGACAUUCAGUCGAUAGUUCACACAAAGGCAGUAAGCAGGAAUUCACAUUUGCUGUCUCUGACCCCAUUCCUUGACAACGAGGGUGUGUUGCGCAUCGGAGGAAGAAUUGGGAAAUCGAAAUCGAACUUGCCUUUUGAUGCUCGUCAUCCAGUCAUCCUCAAGCCGACAAAUUCAUUGUUGUCGAAACCGAGAGUUCAGUCUAUCUAUGAUACUGGAUAUAUCUAACAGAACCGUCGCAAUCUAUGAGGAGAAUCCCAAACCAACCAAUCACAGACCUCCUUUCCUAUGCAAUUGUAUGCUGUUCGAAAUAAAGACAACUUCCGUUUCCGGUUAGGCAUUCGGGAGAGCCAUUAUCAUAAGCGUACACGCGACUUAUUUCUCUCUGACUGCAAACCUGAAGUAAAAAUGUCAAUCAACCCUGAUGCGGAAACGCACCGCGAUAUGGAGAACGCCGCGCUAGCUGAUCAGUCGGAGGACGGUACUCGGAGGUUCCGCGACGACCUCAUAAACGAAGUCUACUCCGUCGCUGCCGGCCAAGCUACGAUGGAAAUGGCGGGGAUUCGCGCGGAAUUACAAAUCCUGGAGCCUCUUUUUAAAGAGGCCAUUCAGUUGGAAAAUGCGGGAGCCUCCCCGGGGCAACUGCAAGCCAUGGUCUCCGCCAAGCUCCAACAAACGGCCGAUUUGAUUCCUCGUCGCCAACGAGCGGAAAGGCUCGCAGAUCUCGAGUUAAAUGUUAUCCGCCAAAACCUCACUCAGUUCAAAGCCAUCAUCGACCAACUCCAAUCCAAAACUAUUGACGACGUCUCAGCCCGAUUGGAAUGGUUCCAAGCUAAGCGAAUCUUGGCUGAGAUCGAGGCUACUCGGCUUCCUCUUGUUGAGCGCAAGUUUCAAGAGGCCACGGGGGUGUGGUAUAAGCCGGGCGUUGAUCCCAUUGACUCGGCCUAUUCUGAAAUAUUGGCCGAGUUGUCUCGAUUGGGAGCCAUAAUGGACUACGAGAGGUCGUUGCGACCAGAAUUAGAGGAAUUGGUCCCGGAUUAUCCUUCCGAGGAGCCUGGUCGUCAACCAAACCCAAAUUGUAACACGAUGGUAUUAUUUGACGCGGCCAAGUUCAUCUCUAAGUUCAGAGGGGAUCUGAAGGAGCCUAACGUCCUUCUCCAAUUCUCCAAUUGGAACAGCUCCUGGAGUAACUUAGUCAAAGAAAUGAAGACAUUGCGCGGGUUUAACCAAACAAGCCUUUUUCUCAAGUUGAAAGAUUGUCUGGCCGGCCCGGCGCUCCUAAUGGUAUCACGAUAUUCCUGCGAGUCUGACAAUUCGUAUGCCGCCGCUAUGAAUGACCUCAAAGAAAAGUUUGCUGACCCUAUUAGCCUGGCGGGUUCGUACAUUGCCAGCGGUACCGCCCCAAGAGACAACCUUGCGGACCAGACUGAUGCCAUCAAGCAGUCAUUUAAAGCCUUGAGGAACAUGCGGGAUGUGUUUGAGCGAGAAGAGGUCGACAUGAACGAUUUUGGGCUCUUGUGGACAUUUGUCUCCUCCUUACCGACAGAGGCUCAAGCGCAAUGGAAUAAAUUCAAGAUUCAGAAGAGACAGGAGUACAAGGCGAAAGCAGAGGCGGCGUCCAAAGGCGGAAAUCCCCUCCCGGAGUGGAAAGCGGGGAUGGUUGAAUGUUAUGCCCAAUUCGAGCCAUGGCUUGAUUUGCACGCCGUCCCCCUCGCCCAACCCAUCCCUGUUUUGGGCCCAGACCCAACAGAAUCCGUUUCCACCGGCGCUAAUUUCGCCGUUCAAACUCGGACUCUGGGUGACGGGCAGUGCUUCAUCUGCACCAGGGAUCGGAACCAACCCAUGACGACAUGCCCUCGAGCUUUGGGGAUGACCUCCCGCGAUUGGUUUUUUGCUUGCAAGAAGGUCCAACGUUGCUCCCGAUGUCUCUCAUCUUUUGAGCCGGGACAUCGGUGCACCAUUAUCUGUUCUAUCUGUGAGAGCAAAGGCCAGCGGUCAGACCACUUCGGGGCCAUAUGCCCCUUCAACCAACUACGCACGGGUCCCAUAACUGGUUCCUCGAUCAGACCACCUCAGACAUCAGACUAUCGACCUCGGGCCAACAAGCGACCUCGGGAUCUGCCCUCCGAGCAUGCCUUGAGCAAGCAGGUCCGGGACCUGAACCAGAAGAUUCAGACCCUCCAGGAAGAAGUCAAAAACCGGAAGGUUCGGAAAGUUCCUCGCAAAGACAACAAGGAGGGAAAGAAAUAGGAUGCAUCGAGCCAAAAACCGCCAACAAAGGAUAUAACUACGUUAUUAAGUGUUCCUAAUAAAGAAAUAUUUGAAAAUAUAA